GAGCCAGAGUGUAUGGUGCCCAUCUGUAGAGCAGAACACGUGGUUCUAAUAGGAGACCACCAGCAGUUGCAGGCAGUCAUCCAGUCCAAGGAUGCUGAAAAGAUGGGUCUGGGAAAAUCUCUCUUUGAAAGAUAUGCCACGAAAAGACAUCCAAUUCAUGUGCUGGAGACACAGUACAGAAUGGUGAGUAUGAGGUUGCCAAGUGUACUGAAUAAUUAUCUACUCUUCUUACAGCACCCUGCAAUAUGCGAAUUUCCCUCAAAAGCAUUCUACAAUGGAAGACUCAAAACAGAUCCAUCUGUUAUGAGAAGACAGAGUGGCCUGAACUUGACCACUUCUGGCCGAAACAUGACUCACCCAUUGGCUUCUGUCAAGUGGAGGGAGAGGAAGAGACUGGACACAUUGGGUCAAGAGGAAGUAGCUCACAGUCAAAGUUCAACAUGACAGAGGCCAAGAAAAUUGUGGAGAUUGCAGAGAAACUGGUCUGCCAUUACAGAGUACCCAACAGUGAAAUAGCCAUUCUGACACCUUACUCAGCCCAAAAAGAGGCUAUCAGUGAAGAACUGAAGAAGAAAAUUGAACAACAGAGAAGAAGGCAGGGAAGGAAGCUUAAUAACAAUAUUCAAGUCAAAACUAUUACUGAGAGUCAAGGAAGUGAGUAUGGGGUGGUGUUACUGUCCACGGGUGAGGUCUCGGAGGAUGAUGACAGGAGAGGAGGGGGAGGACAGCUGACAUUGGCUGGAUCAGGAAGAACCUGGGGUUUGUGGCCGACCCCACAGGAUCUGUGUCGGAAUUACACGCUCCAAGUUUGGUCUGGUCAUUGUUGGCAAUGAGAAUGUGCUCAAGUAUGACAGGAUCUGGAAGAAACUGAUUGAGCACUACAGGAAAAGAGGGUGUUUUGUACGAGGUGAUGAAUUUCCACAUUGAAUAUUUACAACUCUCAUUGCCCAUAACACUAUAAAAAAUACAUAGUUGUUUUACUCGUAUCGUGCAAAACUGAAACGAUAUAAUAUUUUUAACCAUAUAUAUUACAGUCCUUUUUAUAUCUAUUUUAUAGUAUGUUGUCCGUAAUAUAGAUGUUUUAGUCGUAUCGUGUGAAACUUUACUUAGUUAAUAUCUAUCGUACCGCAUUUUAAUAGUAUCUUGAGUUUUUAUCAUUGUAGUAGCUGUAACAUCUUUAUAUCCCAUUUAGAAAAAGUGAUAUCUUUGUAAUAUAAAAGUU